AUGGCUAAAGUUGCAACUAUUUCAUCACAACAUUACUUGCCAUAUGCUGAUAAAAGUAUUUAUAUUUCAUGCCAUGGUGUUUCUAGGUCUCCAAGUCAACUUUCAUGGGGCAGGGAGGUAGUUCAUUCAUGUGGCUUGAUAGAUCUUGGUUUUGAGGGUUACCCUUAUACGUGGUCAAACGGCAGGAUGGAGGAAGCAAACAUUCAGUGUAGACUUGACAGAGCCUUAGCCUCCAGGAAUUUUGUUGACAUGUUUUCCCCAGUGCGUGUUAUUCAUCUUCCUCGCUUCGGGUCUGAUCAUGCAGCCAUUAGAAUUGACCUUGAUGUCCUUCCUGAGGAGUUAAACUCAAGCCAUGAAUUUAUCUUUCGGUUCGAAGAGGCGUGGACAAAAGAUCCUACAUGUGAGACUGCUAUCAGAAGGUGCUGGGAUACGGGUGGAAAUAACGGAAUCCAUAAAAUUAAAUCUCUCCAAAGUCUGGGUGAGACCUUUAAGGAGUAUCGAUCCGGGGCUGUAAAGAAAGAACUCAACAGAAUUGAAGGGAGGCUUAAGGAGGCGAGCAAUUGGGAUUCAGGGGAGCACGAUGUCAGGACAUAUAAAGCUCUUGAGAAGCAAAGGGACUCCAUUCAAAAGACUGAAGAAAUUAUUUGGAGGCAGAGGAGCCGUGCGGUUUGGCUUCAAGCAGGCGAUAAAAACACAAAGUUCUUCCAUGGGAAAGCCUCUCAAAGGCGCAAAACUAAUCGGAUACAGAAACUGCAGGAUCAUAGAGGGGUGUGGUGGAGGGGGGAGAAGCACUGUGAAAGGAUUCUUAAAGAAUAUUUUUCUGAUAUUUUCAAAAGCUCUCAGCCGGAAAACAUUGAAACUAUAUGCGACAUUGUGCGGGGUAAGCUUAAGGCUGACCAAGUAGAUUAUUGUGCUACGCGGUUUACAGCAGAAGAGGUGGAGCUAGCUUUGUCUCAGAUGCAUCCCCUAAAAGCCCCAGGGCCGGAUGGGCUACCAUCACUCUUUUUCCAAAAAUACUGGCAUGUGGUGGGUGAGGAUGUGAAACAUCUGGUGCUGGGUGUUCUCAAUGAUAGUCAAGGUGUGGAGGAUAUAAAUAGAACUUUCAUCGCUCUCAUCCCGAAAGUCAAAAAUCCGGCGUCACCAAAGGAGUUCAGGCCUAUUAGCCUAUGCAAUGUGGUUAUGAAGUUGGUAACUAAGACAAUUGCUAACAGAGUGAAGCAAGUCCUUCCUGAUAUCGUUGACGAGGAGCAAAGUGCGUUUGUUAAAGGUAGAUUGAUCACUAACAACGCUUUGAUUGCCCUCGAAUGCUUUCAUUGGAUGAAGAAGAAAAGGAAAGGCAAGAAAGGAGCAAUGGCGGUUAAACUUGAUAUGGCCAAAGCUUACGAUAGAAUGGAGUGGGGUUUUGUGGUGGGGAUCUUACGGUCCAUGGGAUUUCCUUCGAACCUGGUUAACCUUAUAUCCAAUUGUAUAACUACUGUCACAUACCAGGUUCUAAUCAAUGGGAAAGCUUCUGGUGUGAUCUGUAUGCUCAAGAAGGAGGCGCGGGAAGCUCAAAUUCACGGUAUCCAGGUCGCUAGAAAGGCUCCUGUUAUCACUCAUCUCCUCUUUGCGGAUGAUAGCCUGCUUUUUGCGAGAGCAUUGUGCACUGAAGCUGCAAAGAUUAUGGACAUCCUUAAAAGAUACGAGUCUUCGUCAGGACAAAUGGUCAAUCUUGAUAAAUCAGAGGUUUCCUUUAGUCGAAAUGUACCAGAAGCAGACAAACAAAUGAUCCGUAACAGGAUGGGGGUAAAGACGGUGGAAGCUCAUUCAAGAUAUCUAGGGUUGCCGGCUCUUUUUGGUCGUUCAAAGAAGCUCGUGUUUUCUCAAGUCAUCAAUAGGGUGUGGAAGAAGGUGAAGGGGUGGAAGGAGAAGACAAUGUCUCGUGCAGGAAAAGAGGUUCUAAUCAAGGCAGUGGCCCAAGCAAUUCCUACGUAUGUUAUGGGGUGUUUCAAACUUCCGGAGGAUUGCUGCAAGGAAAUUGAGUCUUUGCUGGCCAGAUUCUGGUGGGGAUCCUCGGCGGAUGACAACAAAAUCCACUGGUUGAGUUGGGCUAAGAUGACAAAAGCUAAGGGAGCUGGUGGUAUGGGCUUCAGGGGGAUAGGAGAUUUCAAUGUCAGCCUAUUGGGGAAACAAUUCUGGAGAUUACAGAUGGGCAAUUCUUCAUUACUGGAGAGGGUCUUUAAAAGUAGAUACUACCCUCGCACUCCGAUUGGUGAAGCUAAAUUGGGCUACGCGCCUAGUUAUGCGUGGAGAAGUAUUUUUGGUGCAAAGGAGCUAAUUGAUAUGGGAUCCAGAUGGAGAAUUGGGGCAGGGGACCAGGUUAAUAUUCUUCGGGACAAUUGGAUUCCUGGAGCGGCGGCGGCUAAAGUUUUAGGGCCGGUCCAGGGUAUUUCAGCUGAAGCCACUGUUAGCUAUCUCAUAGAUGAAGAUUUGCGUUGCUGGAAACAUGACUUAAUCAAGGAGUGUUUCUCUCCGAUGGUGUGUGAAGAAAUUCUGAGUAUUCCUUUAUCGUGGCGGAACAUGGAGGAUAAAUUAAUUUGGUAUCCUGAGAAAGAUGGAGAAUUCUCUGUUAAGUCUGCAUACCACCUCCUGCGUUCUAAACGUGACGCUGCGUUUCCAGGCCCCUCUAGCCACUCUCAGAACCUGGUGUGGAAGCGUAUCUGGCAGGCACCCGUGCACAAUAGAGUCAGGAAUUUCCUGUGGCGCACUGCCAAGGAUAUUCUGCCCACGAGAGCUAAUUUGCAUAAGAGAAAGGUAAACCUAGCACCAGAUUGUCCUCUAUGCCAUUCCCAUGUGGAAUCUUCGAAUCAUCUUUUUCUUCAUUGCAAUGUAAGCAAACAGGUUUGGUUCUUAUCACCCCUUGGCCUCCGAAUCCCUCCCUCUUCCGAUCUUAUUUUCUGGCUGGAUAAAAUGCUGAACAGUGGAGAUCCCUAUGUGUCUCAAUUGUUUAGUGUUAUUCUGUGGAAAAUCUGGUUCUAUAGAAACAGGGUGAUUUUCAAAAAAGAGGAUUUUGUGCCCCACAAGGUUGUCCAUGAAGCCAUGGAUUGGAUUCAAGAGUACAAUGUUUCAAACCCACCCAAAGGUGUGCACCGGUUGGCAGCUGUAGGUGAUGAAAAUGGAAACACAAAGCCUGGAUUUACUUCGGUUUAUGUGGACGCGGGCUGUUUCGAAGAUGGCACUGUCGCCAUGGGUUGUGUUAUGAAGGGGACUGAUAAAGGAGUGUUCUUUUCCGCUACUAAGAAGCAAUCGAUGAAUGUGGAUCCGUCAAUGGCGGAGGCCUUAGCGUUGCGCUGGGCUUUAAAGAUGGCUGUGGAGUUUAGCAUUAAACAGGCAGUCUUUUUCUCGGAUGCGCUGUCAGUGGUUGAUUGUAUUAAUCGUAUUUCUUUUAGUGCUGUUAUGGAUCCAAUCAUUGGUGACUGUUUAGAUCUGCUUAACUGUUUUUCUUCUGCUAUUUGUGUGUAUGUUAGUAGAGUGUACAACACUGAUGCACACAACUUAGUUAGUAUUGGGCACAGAUUGGGUUCUAGGACCUGGCUAGGCCUACCUUCUUCUGUCUCCCCUGUUGUAUUUUUUCCUUCUCAGUAA